AUGGGUCACGAAGAUGCUGUGUAUCUCGCCAAGCUUGCCGAGCAGGCUGAGCGCUACGAAGAGAUGGUGGAGAACAUGAAGGUCGUUGCCUCUUCAGACGAAGAAUUGUCCGUCGAGGAGCGGAAUUUGCUUUCUGUUGCCUACAAGAAUGUCAUCGGCGCCCGCCGUGCCUCUUGGAGAAUCGUCACUUCCAUUGAGCAAAAAGAGGAAUCCAAAGGCAAUGAUUCUCAGGUUUCAUUGAUCAAGGAGUACCGUCAGAAGAUUGAGUCCGAGUUGGCCAAGAUCUGUGAAGACAUCCUCGAGGUCUUGGACAAGCACUUGAUUCCUUCUGCUCAAACUGGCGAGUCCAAGGUUUUCUACCACAAGAUGAAGGGUGACUACCACCGCUACCUCGCUGAGUUCGCCAUUGGCGACCGCCGCAAGACUUCUGCCGACGCCUCCCUUGAGGCUUACAAGGCUGCCACCGAGGUCGCCCAAACUGACCUUGCUCCUACCCACCCGAUCCGUCUUGGUUUGGCUCUUAACUUCUCCGUUUUCUACUACGAAAUCCUCAACUCGCCUGACCAGGCUUGCCACUUGGCCAAGCUCGCAUUUGACGACGCUAUUGCCGAAUUGGACACCUUGAGUGAGGAAAGCUACAAGGACUCCACCCUUAUCAUGCAGCUUCUCCGUGACAACUUGACUCUCUGGACUUCGUCUGAGGCCGAGACUGCCCCUGAGCCAGCCGCUGCUGAAAAGAAGGAGGACGCCCCUGUGCCUUCUACUGAGGCCCCAGCUGCCGAGUAA